UGGAUUUCUCAUGAAGCAGAAGUUGGUGGCCUGUUCUACACAAUAAACAACACUAAAUCGUUCCAAAAAAUGCAAGUUUAAUCUUUUGAUUUCCUAUUAAUAUAAUUCAUCCUUUCUGUUUUAGCGGUUCAGUUUCUGCCAGCCAAUUAUUCACAAUAUUCUUUGUUUAUCGCAUCACACUUUGCGUUUUCAGAUUUUGAUCAGUAUUCGAAAAACGAAACAAAAAAACUAUGUCGUCGAACAUAAUUCACGACGCCGAUGGAUCGCCUUCGCGAAUCGUAUUGUCGGAGCCUACUGGAUCAACUGCUGAGGUGCUUUUUCAUGGUGGACAGGUUGUUUCUUGGAAGAAUGAACGAAGAGAAGAACUGCUUUUCAGGAUUAAUAAGACCCUGUGGAAACCUCCUAAAGCCAUCAGAGGCGGAAUACCUAUCAGCUUUCCACAGUUUGGAAGUUUUGGUUCUUUAGAGCGACAUGGUUUUGCAAGAAACAGAGUGUGGUCCUUGGAUGAUUCUCCUUCUCCUCUACCUGCAGCAAACAGUCAGUCAACUGUGGAUCUCAUCUUAAAAUCCACAGAGGAGGAUCUGAAAAUUUGGCCACAUAGGUUUGAGGUGCGGCUACGUGUCUCUCUCGCUGCUGGCAAGCUGACUUUGAUCCCUCGUGUGAGAAAUAUAGAUAACAAGCCAUUCUCAUUCACGAUCUCUCUGCGUAACUAUUUAUCUGUUUCUGAUAUCAGUGAAGUGCGUGUGGAGGGCUUGGAGACGCUUGACUACUUCGAUAAUUUGCAGCAGAGAGAAAGAUACACAGAGCAGGCAGAUGCAAUUACCUUUGAUAGUGAGAUUGACAGGGUAUAUCUGAGCACACCAAAGAAAAUUGCGAUAAUAGACCAUGAGAAGAAGAGAACCUAUGUCAUUCAGAAAGAAGGCAUGCUAGAUGCUGUUGUUUGGAAUCCUUGGGACAAAAAAGCCAAGUCUCUCCCUGAUUUAGGUGAUGAAGAUUACAAAAAAAUGCUAUGCGUGGAUUCAGCUGCUGUUGAAACUCCGAUUGUCUUAAAGCCCUCUGAGGAGUGGAAGGGGCGGCAAGAGCUCUCUACUGUAUCUUCAAGUUACUGCAGUGGGCAAUUGGACCCUAGGAAAGUUCUUUAUGGCCUUGCCUGAUCUCAUCCAUGGUGUGAUUAAGGUGCUAUUUCUACGAGUCUGUUUUUUGUAUACUACGCGCACUGUUUUACUAUUCCACAAACUCCUAUUCAUGUUUGGUUUGUCAGUUUCUGGAGUGUUAAAUCUAACAUUACUGUAUCUAUUCUAUAAGCACAUAAUUUUAGCUGCAGGUGGUUCACUGAG